AUGAAUCAAAUGAACAUGCAUAGUGGCAUGAACCCUGGUCCUCCUAUGGGUGCUGCACCUCCCAUGCAAAUGCCAGUAUGUGGUCAGAUAAUGCAGCAGCCUCCGCAUCAAAUGGCACCAGCUCCCAUGCCACAGCAAACCCAACAGGACAAAAUGGAUAAUAUUACAAAGGUUAAAACAUUGAUGAGCUCCUUGAGAGAAUGUCUACCUGUGACAUUAAAAUCAGCAGCCCAAAUAUUGCAUCACAAUCACAAUGUGGACUCAAAUACUCAAAAAAGCAACGAGCCUCCAGGCGCAAGGUUUGAUAAAAAUUUAGAAGAAUUUUUUUCACUCUGUGAUCAAAUGGAGCUUCAUUUGAGAACAGCAACAUCAUGUAUUCAACAAGCUCAGUCGGCAGCGCACUAUCUUCCCCUCACUGUUAUACCAUCUAGAAUGGAUUCGGGGCCCGUACAAGAAACAACACUAAGCUACCCUCAAUAUUUGAACACUGUAAGACUUCAGAUCGCAUAUGCGAAAGAUAUACACGACACUCUUGUUGCUGCUGCACAAAAUAUAUCACCUACAGAAUAG